AUGGAGUCGCCAAAAGCAUCAAUGCAUGAAGCGUAUAAGAGCUUCUGCUCACAGCACCCCCUGAAGAAAUUGUCCAUGCCGAAGAGCGAUCUUGUAUGGUCCUACUACGACAUUAACAGCAGAAAUGAAAACAUAGUGAUCUUUUUGCAUGGGAUAUGUGGAACAGCUGGGUGUUACUUUUAUCAACUAGACGCAUUGGCAAACUUAGGGUUCCGAGUUAUAUCCUUUCAGUACCCAUGUUAUAAUUACCUAAAGGACUGGAUAAAAAAUAUGUGUAACAUAUUGGAAUAUUUAAAUAUAAAGAAGGCUCAUUUUUUUGCCUCCGAUUUGGGUGGGUACCUAAUGCAGUUGUAUGCAAAAUUGUAUCCAUCCAAAGUGGAGUCUUUAAUACUGUGCAACUCGUACAGAAGGACAGAUGACUUUGCUGCAGUUGCAGCGUUCAGAAAUGUUUACGGGAAAUUAUAUAGCUUUUUACCCCAUGUGUUAUUAAAAAAAAUCAUAUUGGAAAAUUAUAUUUAUGUAAAUUAUGUGAAUAUAGAUUUAAAGGAGAAAAAUUCACUAGAGUUCAUGAGUAACGAAGUGGACUUAAUUUCUUCUGCAGAUUUAGGGGGAAGAAUAAGUUUGCAACUGUCAUCGGAAAACGUUGACAGGAUUAAUAUCAACGAUAGAAGUAUCACCAUUCUGCAGACAUUAAAUAAUACCUAUGCAGAUAGCCUAAAUGAGGACAUGAAAAAUGCUUACCCCUAUGCUAAACAUGCGAUAUUGAAAUCAGGGGGUUCCUUUCCUUAUCUCAGUAGGCACGAAGAAGUCAAUAUGUACAUUUUGGUUCACCUCAGGAACAACUGUAACGCUGUAUUUGUGAAGGAGCAAAUAAGUAGCAUGAGUUAUAUGCACCAACUCAAAAGUGAAGAAGUAGACAUAGAUCAGUUCGCUUCUGGGAGAAAAUUUGGCAAACGGGUUGAUGGGAAUACUCAGAAGAUGACCAGUGAAGGGAAAUGUAAAAUUAGUAUCAUAAACCGUUGUUGCACUAGUGCCUCUAGUGGUGAUAUGCAUAAGGGUAAAAUCUACCACAAUGAGGGUGGAGAUCCUAACGGGAAUACCUUUUCGUAUAGGGAAAGGAGAAAAAUGGAAGAAGGGAAAAUAAAACAGGGAGUACGUAACAUCAGGCGGGAUGGGCACUCAGAGGAACAGGCGGAUCUUUUUAAUUUGUAUAAAAAUGGCAGUUAUAAUAGUUGCGAAAAUUUUAGCAGGAACGACACCGUGACUAGCGAGGAGACUGUAAAUAGCCACGAAAAGGUGGACGCGGCGCCCAACAGUGGUCAACAUAGUCUCUACCGCGGUGGUGCGUAUGGGGAGGUGUACUCCAAAAAUAACGAUUUCCGCGCAGGGGGAAUAAACGCAAAGUUUGGCGAAGAACGCCACGAGAGCUAUGCCAAGCAUAAUCCGUAUGAAGAACAAAAUGAACAUCGCGCGCAUGUGCACAAUUACACGAAUGAGGCAUUUCCAGAUGAUCCCGACGCGGACAUCGUGGACAUAAAUCAUAAUGACGGUUAUUACAAAAAUGGUUAUCAGCACGUGAGCAGAAAUGUGACGCGCGAAGACGACGUGUAUGGCAGCCCUAAUGGCGAAUAUACGUACACAAGCAACGAGGACAUCCAAUCAACCGGGCGAAUUGUGCGUAACUCUGAGGAACGCUACAACAAGGAGUCUUUAAAUUAUGCCGACAACUGUAAUGAAAAUGACCCGCGAUAUGGCCGCGCAAAUUUUUAUAUAUGCUUCCUGCGGCACUGGUGA